CCCCGGGACCCUCCUCUCUGUCCCCCGGUCCUCUCUCCCCUACCGGCGCCGCCAGCUCCUGGGGGACACCCAGACGGCCCCGUCCCGUCGGCACCUGCAACCUCGGGGGUAGCCUGGGGCUGUUCCGGAGUCGCCCGGACCCGAGAGGCUGCUGCACCGGGCCUCAGCCACCCCUCCGGAUGCUGGUGCUGCCGUCCCCCUGCCCCCACCCCCUGGCGCUUCUCUCCGCCGAGGCCAUGGAGGCCCCUCCCCCUCGGACGGGCCGGUCCCCAGAACCCGGACCCUCCUCCUCCACAGGCUCUCCCCAGACUUCGUCCCCUCCGAGGCCCAACCACUACCUGCUCAUUGACACCCAAGGCGUUCCCUACACCGUGCUGGUGGACGAAGACGAGGCUCACCGGGAGCCAGGGGCCAACGGGGCUUCGGCUCAGAAAAAGUGCUACAGCUGCCCCGUGUGCUCCCGGGUCUUUGAGUACAUGUCUUACCUUCAGCGACACAGCAUCACCCACUCGGAGGUGAAACCCUUCGAGUGUGACACCUGCGGGAAGGCGUUCAAACGGGCCAGCCACCUGGCGCGGCACCACUCCAUUCACCGGGCCGGUGGCGGGCGGCCCCACGGCUGCCAGCUCUGCCCGCGCCGCUUCCGCGAGGCGGGCGAGCUGGCCCAGCACAGCCGGGUCCACUCCGGGGAGCGCCCGUUUCAGUGCCCGCACUGCCCGCGCCGGUUUAUGGAGCAGAACACGCUGCAGAAGCACACUCGAUGGAAGCAUCCGUGAGCCGGGCUGCAGUACCCCAUGCACCGUGGGAUUGUGGGGGGAGCCUGGACUCCUGUCUCCCUGAGACGCCCAGCCAGCGCUGGAGGCUGGGUUUCGGGCCCUGGACACAAACCCAGGCCAUGUCGAGUGGAGGCCCAGCCUCCUGAAGGAGGAGCCCCUGAGUCAUCUUCGCGUGCUGCGUGUUUUGGAGAUAAGAUGGGAACAAGCCCUCACAUUGAGAGUGGCCUCGAGACCUCCGCGAUUCUGCGGCUGAGGCCUGACUGGAGGGGCUGGGGAGAGUGCUGUGUGGAAAUCCCCCGCCUCAAAGUCGUGGUUGGGGCCUUCAGGAAUCGGCACCAUCUUCCUGAGGCCUCCCCGCUGAUGGUGGGGGAAGGGGCCCCAGACCUGCCUCAUGCCCCCCAGCCAGGGCCUGAGACUGGACACCCAAUAAAUGCGUUUUCCACUUUGA